AAAUGUGCAGCGGGAAUUGAAAAAUUUUCACUGAAUCUCCAGAUAAAAAGAAAAUGGAAGAAUCAAGCGCUGAUGAAAGCAUCAGCUCGAUAUCUUCACAGAAACAUGAAAUAAACCCAAAGCUUGUAACACUUGGGGAAUGGAGACGCAGAGUUAAAUCGGAGUACAUGAGACUAAGGCAGAAUAAACGAUUUAGGAGAGCAGAUAAUGUGAAGGCUGUAUUUGGUGCCAACAGAAGACGUAUCAAUGAAAGGAGACAGGAAGAUUCAGAAUGGUUAAAGCAGCAACCAUAUCAGAGUCUUCAGGCUGCAGAGGUCUUUAGCAGAGUCCCUAUCACUAAACAGUCAGUUGUGACAUUGGGUCUGAAUAACCUCCCUCCCCAGACCUGCGGCCUGAGAACUAUGCCUGCCACCCCUAGCCUGCCCACAAUGUACACAUGGGCACCUCUACAGAACAACUUUAUGGUAGAAGAUGAAACAAUUCUGCACAACAUUCCAUAUAUGGGCGAUGAUAUUUUGGAGCAAGAUGGAAAAUUUAUUGAAGAAUUGAUCAAGAAUUAUGAUGGCAAAGUGCAUGGUGACAGAGAAGGGGGAUUCAUUGAUGAUGAAAUCUUUUUUGAGCUUGUUAAUAAUCUACAUAAGAACUAUCCUGAAGCUCAACUUGACAUCAAUAAUGAGGGUGCUCCAAGCAGCAGUAUAUCGGAUGUGAACCCUGACUUCCCAGCCUAUGUUAUAUUUGAAGCCAUAUCUCUCAUGUUCCCAGAUAAGGGCUCCAUUGAUGACCUUAGGGACAAGUACAAAGAGAUGGUUGAAGCCCAAGAUCCAAACAACACCCCAGCAGAAUGUGCUCCUAAUCUAGAUGGUCCCUCAGCUCAGUCCCUCCCUCGUGAACAAGUCAUGCACUCAUUCCACACUCUUUUCUGUCGCAGGUGCUAUAAAUAUGACUGCUUCUUGCAUCCAUUUAAGGCCACCCCUAGUAUGACCAAUCGUAAAACCAGUGAGCUAAAGACACCUACUGAACCAUGUGGAGACUGUUGUUACAUGCACAAUAAGAAGGCCAGGGAAUCUGAAAGAACUGAAGCUCAAGAAGAUCUCACAUCAGACGACAAAUCUUGUUCUGACAGUAGUAGCUCAAGUAGUGAAGAAUUGAGCAAUGUUACUUGGACUGGAGCAGAAGAAUCAAUGUUUCGUGUGGUGUUUGACCUUCAGCGCAACAACUAUUGUGGAAUGGCUAAAUUAAUAGGCACAAAAACAUGUAAACAGGUUUAUUUAUUUGCCAAGGUGGAGGCUGCACAUUUACUGGAAGAACAAAAAGAACGUGACAUUACACCACCUCGGAAGAAAAAGAAGAAACACAGGUUGUGGUCCAUGCACUGUCGUAAGAUUCAACUGAAGAAAGAUGGCACUUCUAACCAUGUCUUUAACUACCAGCCAUGUGACCAUCCCGGCCAGAAGUGUGAUGAUACAUGUCCCUGCGCCAUGGCUCAAAACUUCUGUGAAAAGUUCUGCCAAUGCAGUUCAGACUGUCAGAACAGAUUUCCAGGAUGUCGAUGUAAGGCUCAGUGUAAUACAAAGCAGUGUCCUUGUUUCCUGGCUGUGCGUGAAUGUGACCCUGACCUUUGUCUGACCUGUGGGGCCGACCAGUUUGACAAAUCAAAGCAGAUAUCUUGCAAAAAUGUCUGUGUCCAGAGGGGUCUGAGAAAGCAUCUGCUACUAGCGCCCUCUGAUGUUGCUGGCUGGGGAAUAUUUAUUAAAACUAACUGUGAGAAGAAUGACUUCAUCUCAGAAUACUGUGGAGAGAUCAUUUCCCAAGAUGAGGCUGACAGGAGAGGAAAAGUCUACGACAGGCAUCUUUGUAGCUUUUUGUUCAACCUCAAUAAUAAUUAUGUGGUGGAUGCAACUAGAAAAGGCAAUAAGAUAAGAUUUGCAAAUCACUCCGUCAACCCUAACUGUUAUGCCAAAGUGAUGAUGGUGAAUGGAGAUCAUCGUAUUGGAAUCUUUGGGAAGAGAAAUAUUAUCGCAGGAGAAGAGCUCUUCUUUGAUUACAGGUAUGGCCCCACUGAGCAGCUGAGGUUUGUGGGUAUAGAAAGAGACAUGGAGUGUUUAUGAUGCCAUCAUUAUAGAACAGCUGACAUCAAGGAGGAUUGGAUUCCAGGAACGCAACUCAAUAUUUUCCAACAUUUAAAAUUUUGUUAUUUUCUGAAAUUAUAACGACUAUGAAUUCAUAAUCAACAGUUCAAAAUAUUCGAACCAAUAUCUCGUUCACUUCUUGUGUGCUUUGGAAUUUUUUGUUUGUAAAAAAGACCAAAAACUCGCAAUUCAAAUUUUGAAGUGAACAAAAUGGCGGCUAUUUGAAUUCGAAUUUUGUAAUCACAUCUCCAUAUACGCAGAAUAUCGAGUUG